AAUAGCCUCCGGCAGCAAAAGGUCCACUCAAUUUUGACAACAGGUCGGUAUUGAAUGUUGCUUUGCAAUCGGCUCCAGUACCCUCCCUCCUUGACCCACUCUUCAGAGGAAGCCCUGUUUCUCCCUGCUUGAUGAAAGGGUCAUAUCAAAACUGUGAACAAACAGAUUGUGAUACUGUACAACUUCCUGAGAUCAAACAGCGUACUGGUUUCUGUGGUUUCACUGUGGACCAGCAUUGACUUACACUGCACUGACAAAUAUAUCUCUGACUCCGGACCCAGACCUGUCUCCUGUGAUUAAAGAAAUGACCACCGUGCAUUUCGGAUUGAUGCUCGGCCUUCUCUUGGUCGGAGACUCCUUACCAGAGGCCAUACAAUGUGAAAAAAAUGUAAAGCCCGUGACAGCUAUGCAGGGAAGCACGGUUUAUUUGCCAUGUUCCUUUAGGUCCGAGGCACAGCCUGAUAAGCUGUUGGUGUCCUGGCAAAAGGCACAUCGGGACUACCCCUUGAUCGUGCAUGCAGAGAGGCGAGGGGGUGAGAUGCAGGGACAGCAGGACAACAGCUUUAAAGGCCGCACGGCUCUCCCUCCUUACUGGUAUCAAACGGGGAGCGCGACUCUGCAGCUCCAAGGGCUGAGGAGCACCGAUUCUGGGAACUAUACCUGUUACGUGAGAGCAGAGCAACGUUCCACCAUCUGUGCCUCGCUGCGGCUCACUGUGAACUCAGGGGCCUAUGCACACCCCUCCAUAUGGAUAACAGUCUUGCUCCUGCCACUGAUGAAGAUUCUAACAUGACGCUCACUCCUUCUCCAGCCCACCUUCCGUGGUCCGGACCACUGGGAUCUGCCUUCCUUCCUCCCACAGCCUUGGCUGGAGAGUCUCAGAACACAGCAUCAGAAUUCUCCUUGUCCGCUGAAGCUUGUGGGUUGGGGGGAGUUCAGUCGUGAGAAUAUUCAAGAGAAGAAUCCAAAGGAUUUUGUUUGCGAUGAAUGCAUUCGGUGUUGGGGGGGGAGGGGUGGGGAGUUGUUAUGAAAUUAGGGAUGCGGGUACCAUGGGGUAAGACAGAAGUUGUUAACCAAGACUUAACUCCAUCCACAAGCAUCCACUGCCUCCACAAUCGACACUCAGGAGCAGCAGUUUGUACCGUCUAAAAAAUGCAGUGCAGAAAUUCACCAAAGAUCCUCAGGCAGCACCUUCCAAACUCAUGACCCCUUCUAUCUGGAAGGACAAGGGCAGCAGAUACAUGGGAACACCAACCUCACUGCAGGUUCCCCUCCGAGCCACUCACCAUCCUGACUUGAAAGUAUAUUGCCCCUUACUUCAGUGCUGCUGAGUCAAACUCCUGGAAUUCCAUCCCUAAGAGCAUUUGCAGGUCAACCCACAGCAGCGGUUCAAGAAGGCAGCUCUCCACCACCUUCUCAAGGGGCAACGAGGGGCGGGCAAUAAGAAAAAUUGGGUGGUGGUUUAACCUGAGGGUCAGCAUGUCUCCUGUGAGGAGACCGGGAGAUCGGUCUGUGGUAAUCUCAGCUGGAGUGAACCCUCACUCUUGGCACAAAACUGUAUGGCAAAUCAACUGAGUUCACACAAGCCAAAAAAGCUUGUGAUGCCCACAUCCUGUGAACCACUAAAUCAAAAAUCGACAGAGAGAUAAGCCAAUGGGUGGAGGGGGUCUGUUAAUUUUUCUUGAGUGCCAAUGGUGAGCUUCACUAUCCUUAAUUACCCUUGAACCAGUUAGCUUCUUCAAAAGCCUUCAGAUAGUACAAGGAGUUUGAUAUUUAAAUGGUAAAUUAUUUGUUUAGAGAAAAGGGUGAAUAUUGCAAUACGAUGUACAUGUACUUUUUGGGGGUCAACCGCUGUCAGUCAUUGGACAGUUCAAUAUAAUGCGUGACCCAUAUGACUGCUUACAGUAGCAGUGGUCGGACUCAGUGGUAUAACGCCCACUGUGUUUGUAAAUCUAUUGUCUGUCUCAUCUAAAAAAAAGCACACGUGUUCUUGUCACAA